AUUACAAGUUUGUAUAUCCUACAAGUGAAUGUCUCCGCCGGUGUGAGAACUUGCAAGCAGAGGGAGCAUUCCAUUUAGUCACUUACGGACACAAGUCAGGAGCAGUUUUGAGCAGAAUAGAGAAUUACAAACUCUUUCGAACUUGUUUGUUGCAGAAUGCUGGCAUUUCUUUGAAAUCUGUUGUGUUUCAGCUGGCCGCUCCAGCUUAGAGUGGCGCCAAAAAUCCGCUGUGUGCGAUUUUGAUGCAGACACAUUCGAGAGAGAUAAGUUUUGUGCCUACAGUGUUGUAUUUAUAGUUUAAGCAGCAAGAUUACAUGGCAGUUCUGCGUGCUAAAGGGAUGCCGACUCUUCUCCCUGCUGUAGAGGUUGCAGCUUCGGCUGCCGCACCUUCGAUAAAAUCCUUCAAUUCGUCGCAUAGGUCUUCUUUACUGCGGUCGAUUGUAUCGCCACAGAAUAGCGCGCGCGUAUUUAAGCAUCGCUUUCUAAGGUCCUCGCAAUUGUUGCAAGGCUCACUUCUGGCUUAUCCCAUGGCUGCUGGAGUGCCGAUGCUAGUGGUCGAUGCGACAUCUCCAGAAGUCUCUCAGAUGGCUUCAGGAGAGGACAAAAAUGGGGGAGAAGUUAAGGCGCAACUACCUGACUUGAUGACAGAGUUCAUGGUGGACAUGAAAUGUGACGGAUGCGUCAAGUCAGUGCGCACUAAGUUAGAACCCCUUGCUGGUGUGAAGUCCGUGGACAUCAAUCUUGAAAACCAAAUAGUGAGAGUUUUGGGCUCAACCACAGUGAAGGACCUUACAGCAGCUUUAGCAGAAUCUGGACGCAAAGCCAGGCUUAUUGGACAAGGGCUCCCAGAGAACUUCAGUGUUUCAGCUGCCGUAGCCGAAUUCAAGGGGCCUCAGAUUCACGGAGUCGUUAGAUUCGCGCAAGUGAGUAUGGAGCAGUUGCGUGUUGAAGCGUCCUUCAGUGGUCUUCCUCAAAGUACCAUCGGCUGGUCUAUAAACGAGUAUGGAGAUCUCACACGUGGCGCUGCUAGCACCGGUCAGAUCUUUAGCGGCUCAACGGAGCCAACAGCAGCUGAUGGCAUUCCAGGUGACUUGGGGGUUUUGGAGGUGAACAACGAAGGGAAAGCUGAAUUUUCUGGUACUAAAGAGAAUCUACAGGUAAUGGAUUUAAUUGGCCGUGCUCUAGUAGUGUAUGGAGAUAUUGAUAAAUCGAAAUCAGGUAUUAGUGCUGCAGUCAUAGCAAGAAGCGCUGGUGUUGGUGAGAAUUACAAGAAGCUCUGCCUAUGCGAUGGCACUAUCAUUUGGGAAUCAACCAACAGUGAUUUUGUUAAAGUGUAGGUUGUAUAGCAUGAGUUCUGUAGAAACAUGAUGGGAUGGAGUGUAACUUGGAAAAGCAUAUUGAAAUCUAUCUGGUUGUGACUUUUCAUGUCGGAUGAAAUAUUGGCAAAAAUAAAAGGGGGUGCCUAGGAUUUCCCUCUUACUCACCUGA